UGACUUCUUAGACUGGCAAGUUGUGUCUUCUGUUCCCUCAUUCCUCUGUCCAGGGCAGCUACGGGGCAAGCCAGUGGAUACAGAAGAGCUUGAUCUGGGUCCCAAGGUCUCAGACUCCAAGGGACAAGCAGGACAGAGAAGGGCAAAGACCAGUACCUGGGCGGCCACUGGCAGCCAGGUUUCAGAAUGGCACUCUCCAUCCUGUCCCUCUGGCUGCUCCUGGAUGUGGUGGUUCCCUGUUCCUGUGACCCAGUGACACCACCAGCAAAGGCUUCAAACAUAUCACAAACACCAGUGAUCCCAGGGGCACCCCCAUUCUUCAACAACCAAAAAUUCUCCUUGAGCCUGUACAAACAGCUACCAGAGCCCAAAAGAGGCAAGAACUUAAUCUUUUCUCCACUCAGUAUCAUUGUGCCUCUCGUGCUGCUGGCCUUCCAGGAUAAGCCAGAAGCCCGACAGCAGGUUCUGCAGGAUCUAGGGUUCAGAGUCACAGGAGCCUUAGAUGCUAAAGCUGCUAUGCAGUAUGGGAAGCUGCUGGGUACCCUGCUGCAUGCUGAGCACUGUGGAGUCCACACUGGGAGUUUACUCUUUAUAGACAAGACUCUAAAGCCAAAAAAGACGUUUCUCACACUAGCCAACAGCUCCUACAACAGCGAAGUCAUCCUCAUCUCUUUUGGGAACCAUGAGUUGACCAAAAAGGAGAUAGACUUGGCCCUUCGUGUCAAGACUCAUGGCAAAGUUACAAGGCUGGGGAGAAGUCAGAAGCCACCAACUAAUGUGUUUCUGGUCAAUUAUAAUUUCUUUAAAGGGAAAUGGAAAUAUCCCUUUAACCCGAAGUACACCGAGAUGAGGUACUUCUCCUUAGGUCAUGGGAACAGUACCCUGGUACCAAUGAUGCAGAAGAUAGGCUGGUUCCAUCUGCAGUAUUUCUCCCAGAUGCACAGUUAUGUCCUCCAGCUGCCGUUCACCUGCAGCAUCUCAGGCAUUUUCUUUCUCCCCAAUGAUGGAAAACUUAAGGAAUGUGAGAAGGCACUGUUGGAGCAGAGUUUUGACACAUGGACUCAGCCCUUUCCACUGAGAAAGAGGCAGCUGUUUUUCCCCAAAUUCUCCAUACCCGUUGCUCUUCAGCUAGAAAGGUUCAAGCACGUUAACAGUAACCUUAGACUGUUCAACAAACACAUGGAUCUCUCAGGAAUCACUCUGCAAAAGGCACCCUUGAGGGUCACCACGGCAAUACACAGGGUGGAGCUGACUGUGGAUGAGGAUGGAGAGGAAGAGGAUGUCUCCCACACCCAGGUCAACCCCGAGCCAGGCCUUGCUGCCCUCCACUUCAAUAGAUCCUUCCUACUACUAGUCCUGGAUGAGGCCAGCAGCAGCCUUCUCUUCAUGGGUAAAGUGGUGAAUCCCACUAGAGUCAACAUGGAUACUGUGUAUCGUCCCUGAAUUCUGAUUUCUUUUCCCUCACUACCUGAGUUGUAGCAGAGCUUUAUUCCUUUGACAUUUGGCUCAAUAAAACAAACAGCAAGUGAAAA